AUCCGAGUGGUCGCGGGGUCCUCUCUUAGUCUUGAGAGAAAUAUUUCAUGUAAACAAAAGAAUCAAGAUAAUCAACAAUGUCUGUCACUGAGGAAGACGACUUUUGUUACCAUAUGAAAGUAGUUGUUCGAGUUCGUCCUGAAAACACAAAAGAAAAGGCAACUGGGUUCCAUAAAGUGGUCCAUAUUGUGGAUAAACAUAUCCUAGUUUUUGAUCCCAAACAAGAAGAAGUCAGUUUUUUCCAUGGCAAGAAAACUACAAAUAAAGAUUUUACAAAGAGACAAAAUAAGGAUCUUAAGUUUGUAUUUGAUGCUGUUUUUGAUGAAAAUUCAACUCAGUUGGAAGUUUUUGAACACACUACUAAGCCAAUUCUUCAUAGUUUUUUGAAUGGAUACAAUUGUACAGUACUUGCAUAUGGUGCCACUGGAGCUGGGAAGACCCACACAAUGCUAGGAUCAGCUGCUGAACCUGGAGUAAUGUAUCUAACAAUGUUAGACCUUUACAAAUCCAUGGAUGAGAUUAAAGAAGAAAAAGUAUGUAGUAUUGCCGUUUCUUAUUUGGAGGUAUAUAAUGAACAGAUCCGUGACCUCUUGGUAAAUUCAAGGCCACUUGCUGUCCGGGAAGAUGCCCAAAGAGGAGUUAUCGUUCAGGGGUUGACUUUACACCAGCCCAAAUCCUCAGAGGAAAUUUUACAAUUAUUGGAUAAUGGAAAUAAAAAUAGGACUCAGCAUCCCACUGAUGUGAAUGCUACAUCUUCUCGUUCUCAUGCUGUUUUCCAGAUUUAUUUACGACAACAAGACAAAACAGCAAGCAUCAAUCAAAAUGUCCGUAUUGCCAAGAUGUCACUCAUUGACCUUGCAGGGUCUGAGCGUGCCAGUGCUACCAGUGCUAAAGGGGCCCGGUUUUUAGAAGGCACAAAUAUUAAUCGAUCACUUUUAGCACUUGGGAAUGUCAUCAAUGCUUUAGCAGAUACAAAGAGGAAGAAUCUACAUAUUCCUUACAGAAAUAGUAAGCUUACUCGCUUGUUAAAGGAUUCUCUUGGAGGAAACUGUCAAACCAUAAUGAUAGCUGCUGUUAGUCCUUCCUCUGUUUUCUAUGAUGACACAUACAACACUCUUAAGUAUGCUAAUCGUGCAAAGGACAUUAAAUCUUCUUUGAAGAGCAAUGUUCUUAGCCUGGACAACCAUAUAACUCAAUAUGUGAAAAUCUGUAAUGAGCAGAAGAAAGAGAUUUUAAUGUUAAAAGAAAAACUAAAAGCCUAUGAAGAAAAGAAAGCCCUUAAUGAUGAUGAAAAUAACAAAGCAAAGUUGAUGAUUUCAAAUCCUCAGGAAAAGGAAAUUGAAAGAUAUCAAGAAAUUCUGAACUGCUUGUUCCAGAAUCGAGAAGAAAUCAGGCAAGAACACCUGAAGUUGGAAAUGUUACUUAAAGAAAAUGAACUUAAAACAUUCUAUCAACAGCAGUGCCUUAAGCAAAUAGAAAUGAUGUGUUCUGAAGACAAAGUAGAAAAGGCCACUUGCAAACGAGAUCAUAGACUUGCAAUUUUGAAAACACGUCGCUGCUACCUGGAGAAGAAAAAGGAGGAAGAAUUGAAGCAGUUUGAUAAGAAUACUAACUGGCUCCAUCGUGUCGAAAAUGAAAUUGGACUCCUAGGACAAAGUGGUCGUAUUCCAAAGGAACUCAAUAAAGAUCUACAGUGUCACCAUUUAUGCCUUCAGAACAAAGAUUUGAAAACACAAAUAAAGCAUAUGUUGGAUCUAGCUUGUCUUCAAGAACAGCAACACAGGCAGACUGAGGCAGUGUUGAAUGCUUUACUUCCAGUCCUAAGAAAACAGUAUUGUGCAUUAAAAGAAGCUGACCUAUCAAAUGCUGCUUUUGAGUCUGACUUCAGAGAGAUCGAACAUUUAGUUGAAAGGAAAAAAGUGGUUGUUUGGGCUGACCAAACUAGUGAACAUCCAAAGCAAAAUGAUCUACCAGGGGUUUCUGUUCUUAUGACCUUUCCACAACUUGGACCAGUUCAGUCUACUUAUUGCACAUCUUCAAGUGAAUCUAAUCUGCUUAAAAUUCCUACACCAAAAAGGACUCGGAGAAAACUAAUGCCUUCUCCCUUGAUAGCAAAACAUACCCUAAAGUCUACACUUUCUGAAAGUAUGCAGCUCAAUGAUUCUCUCAGCAAAGAACUUCAACCUAGUGUAUAUUCUCCAGAAGACUAUAGAAAAACUUUUCAAAAUCCAUCUACUGUGACCUUAAUGAGACCAUCAUCACAUGCUACAAGUUUUCAGGCCAUCAGCUCCAAAACAAACAGUGAUAAUGCUCUAAAAAUGUUAUAUGAAGUAGAUAAUCCUCUUAGCAAGAGAACAGAAUGUGGAGAAGAAGAUUUGGACUCUACAUUUACUAUAUGUGAAGACACCGGAAGCUUGAAGAGUGAAUUGCCUGAACAAGAAUCACUGCCAAACAAUAAUAAUAUUUUACAAAGGGUUGACCCUUCUUCAUUCUCAACUAAACAUUCUAUGCCCGUACCAAGCAUAGUGCCAUCCUACAUGGCAAUGACUACGGCUGCCAAAAGGAAACGGAAAUUAACGAGUUCUACAUCAAAUGCUUCGUUAACUGCUGCAGCAAAUUCUGGAUUUGCCAAACGUGUUCGACAAGAUAGUUCAAGUGAUAAACAUUUGCAAGAAAACAGACCAACAAUGGAAUAUAAAAGAAACAUCCAUAAUAUAAAUGCAAGCAUGGUUAGAAAAUUUGGAAGAAGCACUUCAAAAGAAAAUCUAAGAUAAGUCACUUCAAAAUCAAAGAAAAUGAACUUGAUCAAGUCUGUUUUUAAAAGUGUUUAUUGUCAGUCCCCUUUUAGAAACUUAUUUUAAAAAUCUGACAGAAGACUGCCUUAAUGCUAGGUUUACACAAGUACCUUAAACAACAGAAAGAAAAUUCCUUUUUUCUCCUUUUUUGUAUUUUAAGCAAAUAUUAACUUUCAACAGAAAAGAGUAUUUUAAGUUCCUAAAAUAUUUGCUAUCCUUUGAAAUCUUUUAAUCAACAUUGUGAAAGUUUGGUUUACUGUGUUGCAACAAAUUGGUUAGAACGUAUUAGAAAACAAUAGUGAGUUAUAGUAUCCUUACUAUUUAUAGAAAAUGAGGAGAAUUUAGAAGUAAUAUAAUUAUGGCCCAGGAUGUAUUUGGUCUUCUAUUAUGUUCUGUACGUAUUUUUGGCUUCCCUUUCCAAAAAUAUUUUAAUGUACAAAUGUAGAUAAAUAUGCCCAUAAAGUUAUUGUAAAUAUUAUUUAAAUAGUCAUGAUGAAUAAAAUACUAAUACUGU